GCCGACCUCGUGUUGCGGCGAGGUUGUUCAUAACAGUGGCCACCACCCUCUUGUCUCUACACUGUCAGGUUAGGUAUGGCGGCGCAGUUUGUAGUUCCACUGCUGUUGCUCGUGUUUUGCACGUGGAAAGGUGCCGCUCAGGUCCGGUGCUACAGAACGACGAGGUGCGAGGACUCUAUUGGCGAAAACGCCACUCCCCUGGAGUGCUGCAUUAUUGAUGAGGCGCUGUCCUUUGACAGUGGAGCAGAAACCUGUGUAGCUUGUAUAGAAUAUGGGUGGACAGACAUGUUUCCAAUGGAGGUGAGAAAAGGUGACGAACUGCCUCUGACUAUUGGCUACAUAAAGGGAUCAUCUCCUACUCGAAUUGCAUUUAGGGUGGAUUUUAAUGCCAGUGAGGUAGAAGUGAGCAACACCAGCUUCUUUCUGGGUGUGGAAGAUUUUCUGCUGAAUGUGAGGGUGUUGGAUGAUGACAUGCCUCUCCUGGUGGACAAACCAUAACAAUCACUUUAACAAAAAUAGCAGGGGGUUCAACAAAUGACAUCAUUCUCAGUGAAGCAACUCUCAUUAUCCGUGCUGCUAAAGUGGAAGUAGGGUUCAAUGAAACCGCCAUUACUGCAAUGGAGAGCAGUGGAACAGCCAGUGUGUGUCUGUUUGCCAGGUCUGAAAACCCUAUUGGAGUCACUGUCAUGGUGGUUACUACCACAACUGGAACUGCCACAGAGGGAAUGGACUUCCAGCAUAUUCCCACCACUGUCUACCUCUCUAUCAACUCCACGCCACAACCUUGUAUAGAAGUAUCUCUCAUAACGGGCGAUGGAUACGAGAAUCCCGAGACAAUCUCUCUGCUAGUGACUACGAUGAAUGACAGUGUUACUAUAGUCCAGAACAUGACAGAGAUUACCAUACUGAAUUCAGAUGUGGCAGAAAUAGUGUUGGAUUCGGAGAAGGUGACAGUGAUGGAGGGAGAUAAUGAGGUCCAGGAACUGUGCUUCAGCCUCAAAAACUCUGCCAUUGAUGUUGGUGUUGGCGUGCCUGAUGCUCUCUCAGCAGAUAUUGAACUAGAGAAUGAUGUUUUGCUACUAUCGGCAAAUGGCUCAUCAAAUUGCAUACCGUACACAGUGAUUGAUGACGAUGAAGUUGAGGGUACAGAGGAAUUCACCAUCACAUGGAUGGGGGUGGAGCCUCAUGUGGAGCCUGGUGUCAAAUCUGCUACAUUCACACUCACCAUUCUAGACAACGAACAAGCCAGAAUCCGUCUGGUGGAUCAGGAGAGUGGCCUAGAGACAGUAAAAUCAGGUCUGGUAGAGGUGUUGUGGGGCUCAGAGUGGAGGUCAGUGUGUGAUGAUUACUGGACAUAUGACGAUGCCAAUGUAGUUUGCCGACAACUUGGUUUCUUUGGAUUUGGUGCUACACCAAUUCUCAUGGGCUUCUUCAAUGCGAAUGAGCCCAGACGAUACUGGCUGGAUAAUGUUAUGUGCAAAGGAUAUGAAUCUUCUCUUUUUGAUUGUCCACACAGAGGUUUGGGGGUCCACAACUGUGGUCGAAAAGAGAGAGCUGGAGUAAAGUGCCUCAAUGAGAGUGACAUUGGCAUACGUAUAGCACAUGGUGGUGACAUUUUUGAUCUAUCUGGUGCUGUUGAACUGAGGAUGGGUAAUGAGUGGAGGUCACUGUGUUGUAACCACUGGACUAGCGAGGAUGCCAGAGUAGCUUGCAGGGAACUUGGCCACUCCGCUGAUGGUGCCACAACUAUUGAGGUUAAAGCUGAGAAUGGUGCCAAGUACUGGAUGGAUCAUGUUAACUGUGAUGGAGACGAAGAGAAUCUGUUUGCCUGUACUCACCUACAGUUCAUGACGAGGAUAGUGAGUGUAAGAAAGACGUCAGGGCUGGGGUGACUUGCCUUGCAGCACCUUCGAGUGGUGCGUUUGAAAACUGAUCUCCAAUUCUUCAAUACUAUAAUAAUAAUUAUACGUGCACAAAUGACACUCAUGCUAAGUUGACAUCGGCCAACAUUUAUAGUUACACAACUGGCGUAUUUUCUCUGUAACCCCAAAUUUAUUUUCAAGAUUGAUAUUUUUUGCUGUUACCAUGAAUCACGUGCCAAUGUAUUAACUUUUAUACCACCCACAGUUUAUUCAGUAUAACCACCAACUGAUAGCAUAUCUACCAGUGAAUAUACAUGAUAUCCUGUGAAACAACAAGGAUGACCUGUAAAAUAUACAGGAAUUGAUAUCCAAAGCACGUUGAGUACUGUCCUAGAACUCCUCUAAGGACGCUGCAAUGGUGCAAUCGUCAAAGAGAACGAGCGUCCGGCAUAGCAGCUAAAAAUGGCGGCGGGUCCACAGCCGUGCCCAAAUAUGGUCCGAAAAUGAUGACGCAAUCCGUUACCAUAGUUAUGCCACGCCUACUUCGGGUAUUUGCUAUCCCUCUACGGGUCAUGCCUUUGGAACGGAGGUGUGCAUGGUCACAAAGCAUGCAUAUAUUACAUGGGCAGGAGGCUAUGGUGAUAGCUAGCUAGGCAGGUGUCAACAACAAGAACAAAGUAAACAAGUCAA